AUGAAACUCGUGGGCAUUGGUUUUCCAGAGUUUCAAUCAUGCCAUUUGCUUCUUUGUAUUUCUCUUGCACUUUGUUUUAACCAAGUCUCCUCCACCACCAAUGAAACAGAUAGACUCGCGCUUCUCCAGUUUAAGGCCAGCAUAACUGGAGAUCCUUUCGGUGCGCUCAACUCAUGGAACAAAAGCAUUGGGUUUUGCCAAUGGUAUGGCGUUACGUGUGGCCGGAGGCACCGGAGGGUCACUGUCUUGGACUUGUCAUCCCAAGGACUCUCUGGAUCAAUCUCUCCUUAUAUCGGAAACCUCAGUUUCGUAAGGGAAAUGCUGCUCCAAAACAAUAGUUUUGAUCAUGAAAUUCCUCCACAAGUUGGUCAGUUGCGCCGCCUACGUAUUCUAGGAUUGCACUACAAUUCAUUGGUUGGCGAAAUUCCCAGUAACAUAUCGGGUUGCUUGGACUUGGUCGUUCUCUCCCUUGGGAACAACCAACUAACUGGAGAAAUUCCAGUAGAGCUCGGCUCAUUGCUGAAGCUAUGGCGGUUGAAUUUGUAUGCUAACAACCUAACCGGGAGUGUGCCUUCCUCCAUUGGGAACUUAUCUUCACUGGGGAUCCUUUAUUUAACCUGGAACAACUUGGGCGGGAGCAUUCCCCAAGUUCUAGGCCAGCUGACAAACUUGCAAUUCAUUGGCGUUGGAUUUAACGGAUUGUCGAGUACAAUUCCAUCUUCCUUACUCAAUCUCUCUUCACUAAUUUUGUUUGAUGUUACAGACAACCGGAUACAGGGGACUCUUCCAACAGGUAUAGGCCUCAAACUCCUGAAUCUUGAAUUUUUUAGUGUUACAAAGAACCAACUUGAGGGGCUGAUUCCUUCUUUGAUAUCGAAUUGCACAAAGCUAGAUGUGCUUCAAAUUGGAAGUAACAAAUUUUCCGGGAAAGUACCUUCUUUGGAAAAUUUGUAUAAGCUUGGUCGCUUUGAAAUCUUUGGUAAUCAUCUUGGAAGUGGAAAACCUGAAGACUUGAGCUUCUUUUGCUCGUUAACUAACAGCACCAAAUUAGAGUACGUGAGUAUCGACGAGAACAAGUUUGGUGGGGUGUUACCUAAAUGCCUAGGUAAUUUAUCCACCACUCUCAAAACAUUUUCUGCAGCCAUGAAUCAAAUAUAUGGUGAGAUUCCAGAAGAAAUCGGGAAUAUUGUCAACUUGGAAGUAUUGUUUAUGAAUCUCAACCAGCUUUCAGGUGUUAUCCCCUCAAAUUUUGCAAAUCUACAAAAUCUAAGGAUGCUGCAGUUCAGUGAUAAUAAUCUGAGAGGGAUAAUCCCAUCUUUUUUAGGAAAUCUAACCAGGCUAAUUGAACUAUAUAUUGGUGGGAACAACUUUCAUGGGAAAAUUCCUUCACACUUAUCAAACUGCCGGUCUCUUGCUCUGCUUGAUCUGUCUAAUAACAAUCUUAGUGGUGCCAUAUCCCCAAAACUUAUCGGUCUCUCGUCGUUAGCCAUCAUUCUAGACUUGUCUCGUAACCAUCUGACUGGGGUUCUACCCAUGGAAGUUGGCAACUUGAGUACUUUGACUGUGUUGGACAUCUCUAACAAUAUGCUGGUAGGUGAAAUCCCAAGUAGUUUAGGUGAUUGCAUUGCAUUGACAUCACUGAGGAUGGGGGGCAACUUCUUCCACGGGUCGAUUCCACCAUCAAUCAGAUUGCUAGGGGGCAUUGAAGAACUAGAUUUUUCACACAACAAUUUGUCGGGUCAGAUUCCAGAAUUCUUAGCGGUAUUUCGUUCCUUAAAACUUCUGAAUUUGUCGUACAAUAAGUUUGAAGGAAUGCUACCACGUGAAGGAGUCUUUAAGAAUGCUACCAUUACUUCUAUUGUUGGGAACAAUGAACUCUGCGGUGGAUUGCCAGAAUUUCACCUCCCCAACUGCAUUUUCAAAAUCACCAAGAGCGGAAAGAUCAAUUUAAUGAUAUUUUUCACUUUUGUUAUUUCCGGAGUUCUUGGGAUGGCUCUAAAUGCAGCUUCUAUAUAUCUUUGUUGGGUGAAGAAGAAAGGAAAUAAACCGAUUUCAAGUUUCAUGGAUGGUUCGGUUCCAAGUUUCAUGGAUGAUUCGCGUCUGAAAAUAUCUUAUGAAACAAUCUUAAAAGCAACUGGAGGUUUUUCUUCAACGAAUUUGAUCGGUGGUGGAAGCUUUAGUUCUGUUUAUAGGGGGAUACUCGAGGACAAUAAAAUGGUUGUUGCUGUGAAGGUGAUUCAUUUAUUCCGUCGGGGUGCUCCGAAGAGCUUUAUAGUCGAGUGCGAGGUGUCAAAGAACAUCAGACAUCGAAAUAUUUUGAAAAUACUAAGAGUUUGCUCUUAUGGUGAUCGUCAAGGAAAUUAUUUUAAGGCUUUAGUCUAUGAAUUCAUGGACAAUGGAAGCUUGAAACAGUGGCUACACCCACGCGCAACAUCAUCUCAUGGGAAUGAGCUUCCAAAAAAGUUGAAUCUCAUUCGGAGGAUAAAUAUUGCUAUUGAUGUUGCUUUUGCACUAGAUUAUCUUCAUCAUCAGUGCCACAUCCCCAUCGUUCAUUGUGAUCUAAAACCGAGCAAUAUCCUCUUAGAUGCUAAGAUGGUCGCACAUAUUGGCGACUUUGGAUUGGCAAAAUUCCUUGAUACUGUAACUAAUCCGAUGACCUCAGUGGGACUUGGAGGGACAAAUGGUUAUGCUCCACCAGAGUAUGCAAUGGGAUACAACGCUUCAAGAGAAGGCGAUGUCUAUAGUUAUGGCAUUCUCUUAUUGGAGAUAUUCACAGGAUUGAGUCCCACUAGUCACACAUUGGGAGGCAGUUUGAUUCUUCAUAAUUUUGUCACAGAAGCUUUGCCUGAACGAGUGCUAGAAAUUACGGAUAACGUUUUGCUUCAAGAAAGAGAGAACUAUAUAGGCGUUCAUAAGAUAAGUCUUCCGCAUUGGUUUUCCAAAAGCGAUGCCAUAUUUCAAGAAUGUUUAGUUAUGGUGUAUAAGAUUGGAGUUGCUUGUUCGAACCAAGUGCCAGAAAGACGGAUGAGCAUUAGCAAAGUUGCAGAUUGCCUGCGCCACAUUAGGGAGAAACUCUUUACAUUGGGUUUACAAGAAAAAUAUGAACCACCAAUAGCUUAA